CUGUCUUAUCCUAGCCCGGCCCAUCCUCUGCCGCUCGCCCCACGCCGUCCUAGCCCGCCCUAUCCCGUCCUAGCCCGGCCCCUGGUACUCUCCUGCGGCGGCGUGAGUGGUUUUGCCCCGGAUGGAUGGGCGGGUUUUCCCCCGGAAACCACGAGCGGAGCUCGGCCCGGAGGCGGGGAGCUGCGCGGUCCUGGCCGGCUCCGCUGGCAGGGGAGUCCGUUACCUCCUCGGGGGAAAGGCCCUCUGCCCCCCCCCCCACAGGUGCCUUCCGCGUCCCGAGGGACAACGGGCAGGUGCCUCGGCGUGGCCGGUCGCCGCUGAGCCCCCGCGGUGGGACCGUGGCGCUGCCCGCGAUGCGGACGGCCGAGGAGUCCAACGGGACGGUCCUGCACCGCCUGAUCCAGGAGCAGCUGCGCUACGGGAACCUGACGGAGAACCGCACGCUGCUGGCCAUCCAGCAGCAGGCCCUGCGCGGCGGGGGGGGCCCCGGGGGGGCCGGCAGCCCCCGCUCCUCCCUGGAGAGCCUCAGCGCCGAGGAGAGCCAAAUGGUGCAGCAGUCGGCGCGGCAGGAGCCGCAGGGCCAGGAGCAUCACUCCGACCACGUCUACCUGGAGAGCAGCGUCCAUCGGCUCUGCCAGCCCCUGCACAAGGGCGAGGAGCUGCCCACCUACGAGGAGGCCAAGGCGCACUCCCAGUACUACGCCUCGCAGCGGGGCGGGCAGCGGGGGGAAAAUGGUCCGCGCGGGGCCGAGAGCGGCACCCGCCGCCCCGACGAGGGGCUGAAGGACCUGAAGCACGGCCACGUGCGGUCGCUGAGCGAGCGGCUGAUGCGGAUGUCGCUGGAGAGGAAUGGGGCCAAAGCGCAGAGCCCCAUCAGCGCCUCCCACAGCUACCCCCAGCUCUCCCGCCACCACCAGCUCGCUGCCCUGCGAGGGCAGCACCCAGAGGGGCCGGAGCCACGGGGACCACCCCCGGAGUAUCCCUACGUCAUCCCUUCCCAGGACGCUUACCUGGCCGAACCCCAACCGUGCUCCCGGGAAGGCCCUGGAUAUCAGCAUCCCGAAAUCAGGGUGCUGCCCACCCACGUCCCCACCGCUUUCCUGCCGCUGCCAGGCAGCCUUUGCCCGGGAGCCCUGGGUCCCGCCGGCGUGGAGGCACUGGUGAGCGCCCAGGCAGUCUCAGCUGGCAGCCGCCUGGCCCGGGCAGACGCGGUCCUGCGGGAGAACGAGAGGCUCCAGCGGGAGACCGAGAAGCUGCGGCGGGAGCUGGAGAGCUGCACCGAGAAGGCAAGCCGCAUCCAGAAGCUGGAGAGCGAGAUCCAGCGCAUCUCAGAGGAUUACGAAAACCUCGUCAAGGCGUCUUCCAAGCGGGAAGCCUUGGAGAAAGCCAUGAGGAACAAGAGAGAUGGCGAGAUGCGACGGCUCCAGGACUUCAACCGGGACCUGAAAGAGCGGCUGGAAUCUGCGAACAAGCAGCUGGCCAGCAAGACCCAGGAAAGCCAGGAGAGCAACCAGGGCAGCGUGGCCAAACUCCUGGCGCAGAGCUACGAGCACCAGCAGGAGAAGGAGAAGCUGGAGCGGGAGGUGUCCCUGCUGCGCAGCGCCAAUGAGGACCAGCGGCGGCGGGCAGAGCUGCUGGAGCAGGCGCUGGGCAGUGCCCAGGCGCGGGCGGCCAAGGCGGAGGCCGAGCUGCGGAAGAAGCGCGCCUACGUGGAGAAGGUGGAGCGGCUGCAGGCAGCCCUGGGCCAGCUCCAGGCCGCCUGCGAGAAGCGGGAGCAGCUCGAGCUGCGGCUCCGUACCCGCCUGGAGCAGGAGCUGAAGAUGCUGCGGGCUCAGCAGAGACAGGCAGGUGCUGUGGGCGGGGGGAUGCCAGAACUGAGUGCCCACACACUCUCCGAGCAGCUGAGGGAGAAGGAGGAGAAGAUCCUGGCCCUGGAGGCCGACAUGACCAAGUGGGAGCAGAAGUACCUGGAGGAGUGCACCAUGCGGCAGUUUGCCAUGGACGCUGCAGCCACUGCGGCCGCCCAGCGGGACACGACCCUCAUCAGCCACUCCCCACGGCACUCGCCAAACAGCAGCUUCAACGAGGACCUCCUCCUGGCCAGCCACAAGCACCAGGAGAUGGAGAACAGGUUAAAAGCCCUUCAUGCCCAAAUCCUGGAGAAGGAUGCCGUCAUCAAGGUCCUGCAGCAGCGCUCACGGAGGGAUCCCAGCAAAGCCCUCCAGGGCUCCCUGCGGCCAGCGAAGUCUGUGCCCUCCAUCUUCGCUGCCUCUGCCGCCCCGAGCUGGCCAGGGGCCGGCCAGAGUGACCGGCUGGCCGAGGGCAGCUCCCGGGGCAUUGCAGCAGGCAAAGCCACCGCCGAAGGGGCGGCAGCACCCGCUGCCCUUCCCCUGCCCUCCCACUCCAAGCAUGGCAGCAAGGACGGCAGCACGCAGACGGAUGGGGUGGCCGAGAGCAGCGAACAGGGCGAGGGCACCGAGCACCCAGCCGGUGCGCUGGAGAGCUCAGCUGCUGCCAGAGCCCCGGACCUGUCCGACAUGGUGGAGAUCCUGAUCUGAAGCCACCCAGGGGCCGCAUGCUGGCCCCUCCACCCUCCCUGCCUGCCGCACAGGCAUUGCCGCCCUGCCUGGGACAGAGGAGCCUGCGGGAAGGAGGAAUGAGCCUGGAGCUCAGCAGCAUCCCCGCGGCCAGUUUCAGCAGGUGGCCCCCGCAUGUGGAAGGGCCACCGUGCCCACUUGGCACCCACAUGUGUCCCCAGCUGCGCGGGGCGCGCUGGAGCCCGGGGACCUCACCGUGGUGACAGGCCCUCGUGACUCCCCUGUAAAUACACCCAGGUUUUGUAUGACGGGAGCAAAUGUAUUUAUCGUUUCCGCCUCUCUGCCCUCCUGAGGCAGGGGGCUUCUUCCCAUCUGCUCCAUGGUUGGCUCCAUUGCCAGCCCACCUCUGGGUCUGGCCAUUUGCACCCACCCGGGUGCUUGACUUCCAACUGGAAAAUCCCUCUCCGUUCGCCCAAACUCUACCCUCUGCGCGAGGGCAGAGCUGGGAAGGAUCCUCCGUGGGUCCCAUCGACUGCCCAGAUCCACGUGGCCAAGCCAAGCGCUGGGAGCCCCAAACCUCCGUCACCUGCAUCCCGCCUCUGGCCUUAUCACAGACGGGCAAGCGGUUUGGGAUGGAGCGGUGGUGGAGCAAAAGAGAAAAUGAUAAUCAAGGGAAUGAAAGGUGGAGGAGAACCCCCCUUGAAACUGGAGGCGAAACGCUUGGAGCGAACCGAGGACAGCUGAUGGAGGGGGUGGGACACGCCACCCCUCUCCUGGCUUCAUCCCACCAUCGCAGCCCCCGGCUACUGGCAGCUGGCUUCUGCCCAUAGCCAGCGCUGGCGUCUCGCUCCUCUGAGCUCAGACGCUUCUCGUCCUUGGCCUUCGUGUAUAUAUUUUUUUUUUCUUUCUUUCUUUCUUUCUUCUUCAAACGUGCAUUUGCUGGACAACUGCAUUUUUUAUUUUUCUUUCCCAGACACGUAAAAAAUGCGUUCGGUUCUCGUGCAUUGUUUACAAAGUGGAAAAUAAACAAACAAAAAAUUAUGAAAGAGGAAAAAAACCCCCACAACUUAAUAUAUUUUAUAUUAAUAUUGGUAUUUCUUUUUAAGUAUUUUUUUUCGUGCUGUGAACUUUUUUUUUUCCUGCCAAAGAUGAUGAGUUCUUGUUUGUGCGUUUUAAGUUAUCUUAAGUAUUUAAAUGUAAACCUGGCUGUUUCGUUAUGCCGCCCUAUACCGAGAUUGCUGUAGCAUUCCACUUGGUAUAACAAUAUUUUAAUAAAAAAAACCCAAAUAUUGA